AGUGUCUUGUCUUUGUUUCUGUUUUCUAGGCUUGAGGGUUUUGUGUUGCUUGGGAAUUAGGAAGAGGGUUUAGGGAUUUUUUAUUUUAUAAUGGGGAAAGCAGCAUUUCCGCCUGGUUUUCGGUUUUCUCCGACUGAUGUUGAGCUUGUCAAAUACUAUCUGAAGAGAAAAGUAAUGGGGAAAAGAGUUCGUGUUCAAGUCAUUGCCGACGUUGACAUUUACAAGUAUGCUCCUUGGGAUCUUCCAGACAAAUCUUGUUGGCGAUAUGGAGAUCUGAAAUGGUACUUCUUCUGUCCUAGAGAAAUGAAAUAUGCAACUGGGGCUAGAGUCAAUCGUGCCACUGGAGCUGGGUUCUGGAAAAUGUCAGGAAAGGACAGAUCUGUUAAUUACAAUGGUCAAGUGGUCGGUUGGAUCAAGACUUUAGUUUUUCAUAUAGGUCGACCUCCACGAGGAGAACGGACAGACUGGGUUCUGCAUGAGUACAGGCUUGAAGAUAAGGACCUUGCUGAUAUGGGCAUGCCUCAGGAAUCAUAUGUUUUAUGUGUAAUUUUCCAAAAGGAAGGAGCAGGGCCAAAACUUAGUGCACAAUAUGGUGCACCCUUUAAAGAGGAAGAUUGGACUGAUGAUGAGGUUGAAAUCUGUUUGGACACAGUCCCGCAUGCAAAUAGGCCUGAGCUAGACCUUGUUCUGCCUAGGGGAUAUAAUAGUCCUGGUCCUUAUAGCACAGAUUCCCCUGAGGGUAUGUGCAUAGGCCCUUCAUCGGAAUCCUGCAUAUCAGAUGCUGUACCACAUUCUUGCAAUGUUCUCCACUCAGUUUCCAGUAAUUCUGCUACAACAGAGAAGCUCUGUGUUUCGGCCAAUGGUGAUAUUCUGUCCAUGUUAGAUUGCUUCGCAGAAGAAAGCAUUUUCCCUAUCAAUGGCAAUGACAAAAAUAAGGAGCUUGAUAACCUUAUUCGUUCUGGAAAUACAAGUACUACACAGAAGCUUGAUAUUCUGAAUUCUAGAAAUGUAGAUGCUACUGAAGAACUUGAUAAUAUUCUUCAUUCUGGAAAUGCGAACGCUACAGCUGAUUUUCAUAGAAGUGAUAUUUACAGAGAUUUAGCAGACUUGGGGAACUUGGGUAGAGUUGAAGUUGGAUUUAAUUUAUCCAAUGAGCAUGAUUCUCUGUAUACAAUGGAUGAGAUUUUCGAGCUAGGUGAUCUCGACAGACCGUUGAACAGCGAUACUUCGAUGUAUAAUUUACCGUCUCUUCACACAGAGCUGGAAGAGAUGCCACUUUAAGACCCAAACUUGAGACAAUUCUGACAGUAGUUUUUUUCUGGAUCAAUACCACUAUUUCCUUUUAUGGGAUUCCUUGAUAUGAGGAGUUGGGGAUUUCAGUUUUUCUUGUUUUACAUCAUCAACAAGUUACAACAUCUCAUGAAUGUUUUCCAUUAUUGAUCUCUCUUCCUUGAUUAUUCUUCAUUAAUUUUUGUAUUAUUAUUAUUUGUAUUUGAUUUGGUAGAAAUGAUUAAUAAUGAUUUUAUUUACAUC